CUUAAUAAGACAUCAGAUUAUAUCCUCGCAAUGGCAUUGUUUCCAGCUCUGCUUCAAUUUUUGCUAAUGAAGUCGCUUCCUGAUUCACCUAUAUGGCUAUAUAAAAUGAACCGAAAAGAGGACUCAAUUAAAGCUUUCGGGACAUUUUACACUUCCCGUGAAGUUGAGAAAGAGUUGGAUGCUAUAAGGUUGUCAAUUAAGAAUGAAACAGGUGGUCCAGAUGAAAAACCCUAUUAUGAUAGGAAUAUCUUUUUUAGGAUGAGGACAACAUGGAAUAAUUCAUUAGAACGUAGACAGAUUGUUGUUGGUAUUGGUCUGCAAGUUGCUGAACAGUUUGUGAGUGAGAACACGUUAAUUUAUGUCUUUCCCCGUAUCAUAAGGAUGGGUGGCCUCAUAGCAUCACCAAAUCCUAAAUGGGACAUCUGGUAUAUGAAGUUGACUUUCUUGAUGUGCUAUGGUCUUAAUGGUAUUCAAAGUGCAAGUCUGCCUUACAGAAUUGUAAAACUUUCGAGGAGGAAGAUUUUGCUUAUCAAAUCAUACUGUAUGAUGGUGUGUCUUUUAGGGUUAAGUUUCUUCAUUAUUAUAUCACCUAAUAAUAUUAGAGGAGUGAGUAAUAAACUGGAGACCAUCACGUAUUUCGGUAACAACACAUGUCCGAGUUAUACUUCAGCACCAGAUGCAGAUGCAUGGAACUGUUUCAAAUGCCUUCAAGCAGGAUGCGGAUUCUGUAAUGGUAUUGAUGAAAAUUUCAUGCGUGCACCUAUUGCCUGCUUGGCUGUAGAACCUAUUGGGACAUCACCAUCAUGUUUUCCUGAACAGGGAAUCUGGUUUGCACCAGAUUCCGUCACAAGACAAUGCGAAUUGAAGAUUCCUUAUGGUCCAGCUUUUAUAUUGUUAAUAAUCGGCCUUGUUCCCUACACAUUUGGGUUGGAAUCACAUAUGCGCUCAAGGAUGUCCAAGGUAGAAGUUAGAGGGAGACUUGCUGGGACUGUAGCAGUGACCAACUGGAUCUCCUUCCUCUUGGUGAUUGUAUCAUCUUUUACGAUUAAUAAAGAUGGAGGCACUCUAUUCUUAAUGCUCCUCAUCAGUUUGAUUUCUUUCUUUGUUACUCGGUUGAUCAAUUUGUCUUAUUUGUGGGUACCAGAAAUGAAAGGUUCCUCCCAGUCCAAAGUGGAUACUUCCAAAGUCAGUUGAAGGGAUACUCUUGGUACAAAUAUUGUUAUCUUUUAAUGUUUUCCUUUGGUUUAAUUAGGAGAUAGUAUAGGUAGUUUAUUUGUUUGACUUGAUUUUUCUUUUGCUGAGAAUAUUUAUUUAUUUUUUUGCUAACAGUCACGCAUAG